AUGACACGGGGUGCGUGCAGAUGGACGCGGAGAGAGCACACGAGCGAGGAGGUGAGUGUGGAGGCUCGCGAGCCCCAUCUCCUUGUGUGCGUGCGACAGCUGUCGUGCGUGCAGCACCGUGUACUCGCCUCCACCUCCGACUGCACAUCAUCUUGCUGCUCGACAAAGCGACAACGCGUGCGCUGCUCAAGUGAACAGGUGAACACUGCGCUGUUUCGCCAAAUCUCCACUCCGCCACUGCCCCACACCCCACCCCACCUCACCCCAUCCACCCCUGGAAUACGCAUGGUGGAGUUGGCAGAGAUGCGUAGCCGAGUAGGGAGUGGUGGGAAUAGUCUCUGGAAGGAAUUGACGAGAAUGGGUGGAGAGGCUGGAGUAAUUGGCAGUGGAGAGCAGGCAAUUAUCGCCAGCACAGCAAUCCUCCUCAUUCUGCGCCUCAUUGUCUCCCCCUUCUCCUCCCCCUCCACCUCCUGCCACACUCCACUGACCUGUCGCCUCCUCACUCCGGAAGUUGGGGCAAUUAGCAGCUCACAGGAUUGCCUGGUUUUGUUUGAUCGUGUCCUGUUGCGGCAGUGGAGGAUGAGGUGUUGGUGA